UGGUUGGCGCGUGUGUUGUGGCCAUGCUACUGUCAGUUUAUUGGACAAGCCCAACGCCAGUCACAAAAGUAAACUCAACAGACUUCCGGCUUCACUAGGUAUUCCUCAAUGUCUGUAUUUAUUUGACAUGUUCGUUCAUCCUCGCUGACAACAAGGAGACGUAGUCCAUAGACUUGUAUUUUUCAGUGACAGAGAAUUUAUUACGAGGUGGGUAGAUGUCCAAAGACAACCGACACGAUGGCAGACGGCGUGGUACCGUGCAGCACCGUCUCGGGCCGAGAGUUAGCCAAGGUGGUGACGGGAGGGAAAGGUCUGGUAGUAACAGCUCUGGCUCUUCGCACGGAGGAGGCAAAAGCAAGAAUGCAUCCGCUACGAAGUAUGUCGGGAGUGGAUAGAGACGAGGAACCAGCUAACAGACUUUACUUCUAUUCUGCUUCGUUUCAGCGCUCCAACAGCCAUGACAAAGUGCGAAAGAUUGUAGCUGAGGAGGGCCGGGCUGCUCGAAACCUCAUCGCCUGGAGUGUUCCUCUUGAGAACAAAGAGGAGGAAGUAAAAGCCAAAAGCAACUCCGGUGGUGGUUCCCGGUCUCAGAGGAUCAAUUCUGGACAGCAGAAGAAUAAAAAGCAGAAUGCCGGAGUGGAAAAUAAAUGCUCAGCUGGAGCCUUAAUAGAUAAGGGGCCUGAUAAGAGCCCCACCAAAACCAGACAGCCCCGCAAAGUGGACUUACGAGCACGUUACUGGGCUUUCCUCUUCGAAAACCUGCGUCGGGCUGUGGACGAGAUUUAUGUCACAUGUGAAUCUGAUCAAAGUGUCUUAGAAUGCAAGGAGGUGUUGAUGAUGCUUGACAACUACGUUCGGGAUUUCAAGGCCCUCAUAGACUGGAUCCAGCUCCAGGAGAAGUUGGAGAAAACAGACGCCCAGAACAGGCCAACAUCUUUAGCCUGGGAGGUGCGCAAGAUGUCUCCAGGACGACAUGUAAUGCCAAGUCCAACUUCAGACAGAAUGGUACCCUCUCCAGGUGCACGACGCGCCCUUAACUUCAGUGGUCCUCCAGCAACACUGGCUGCAUCUCGGCUCACCCACACAGGCCCUAGCUGGGCAGACAGAGUAAAGUGCACUCAGUCAGUCCAUAGUCCCAGUCAACCCAUUGCAUUCAAUGCAGAAAAACCUGGUAAAAAAGAUGCAGAGGGUUGGGAAACUGUGCAGCGAGGACGCACAGCCAAACCUCGCUCAGCUGCCAUCGUUGCUAAGGUCAGCCCUGACCUGGCUCGAGUCGCACCAAAACAAGACCGCGGCAAGUAUAACCAGUCACAUGGAAGGACACAGGCAGAGCGCCAGCUUCAUGUUGAGCGUCCUCCGGACAAGGAUGUGACCCAGACUGACACUGGGCAGCAAGUCUCUGCGAAGCCUGACCCCCCUGAGAAGGUUGAACGUCCAGAGAAUGGACACAUAAUGGAGCCCCCUGCAGAGAGUGUACAAGACUCAGGGCAGUGUGUCGACGCGCCCUGCGAAGACGCGCCUCCUCCUCCUCCCAUAGCAUCUCUUACCUCAUCCCAAGCCUCAGAACGCUCUCCAUCCACAGACUCUGUCCCACCACCAGACAUAACCAUAUCAGUCCCAGUUCCCGCUCUGUCUGUGACAGCAUCCACAGACCUGCCCCAGACGGACGAGCUCAGUGCUCUGUUGGCCUUUGGGGACACUGGGGCUGAGGGAGGCGCGUCACAGGGCAUGGCCACAUCUGCUCCAGGACAGACGGAGACUCCCAUGGCAGCGGUGAAACUGGAGAGUUUGCUGGAUCCCACUGAGCUUUCCACUCCCCAGUCAAUGGCAGAGGUCCUGGCCAAGAAAGAAGAGCUGGCUGAUCGGCUGGAAAAGGCCAAUGAAGAGGCAAUCGCAAGUGCCAUUGCUGAAGAGGAGCAGCUGAAUAGAGAGAUUCAGGCAGAGAACAACGAUCUAGAGACUGACAAUGAAAGUGACUUCACUGCUAGCAUCAGCAGUGGAAGUUGUGGCGUUAAUAUGGACUGGAGUGACAUGCUGGCAGAUUUUGAUGCUCGAGAACCGUGGCGUCAGAGCACCUCCUGGGGAGACAUGGUAGAAGAAGAACCUUCUCGUCCCCCUGGACAUGGAAUCCACAUGCACGAGAAAUUGUCCUCACCAUCACGCAAAAGAACCAUUGCAGAGUCAAAGAAGAAACAUGAGGAGAAACAGCUGAAGGCUCAGCAGCUGAGAGACAAACUCCGUGAGGAAAAGACACUCAAACUGCAGAAGCUCAUGGAGAGGGAGAAGGAUGUAAGGAAAUGGAAAGAAGAGUUGUUGGAGCAGCGUCGGAGGAUGAUGGAGGAGAAGCUCCUGCAUGCAGAGUUUAAGAGGGAGUUACAACUCCAAGCAAUCGUGAAGAAGGCUCAGGAAGAAGAGGCCAAGGUGAAUGAAAUAGCUUUCAUCAACACUCUAGAAGCCCAAAAUAAGAGGCAUGAUGCCCUGGCCAAGCUAAGCGAAUAUGAACAGCGCCUUAAUGAGCUGCAGGAAGAGAGACAGAGGAGACAGGAGGAGAAGCAGGCCAGAGAUGAAGCUGUUCAGGAACGCAAGCGGGUCUUGGAAGCAGAGCGGCAGGCGAGAGUGGAGGAGCUGUUAAUAAAGAGGAAGGAGCAGGAGGCUCGUAUUGAACAGCAAAGGCAGGAAAAAGAGAAAGCCAGAGAGGAUGCAGCGCGGGAAAGGGCCAGAGACCGUGAGGAGCGUCUGGCUGCUCUAAGUGCUGCCCAGCAAGAGGCCAUGGAGGAGCUGCAGAAGAAAAUUCAGAUGAAACAUGACGAGAGCAGCCGCCGGCAUAUGGAGCAAAUCGAGCAAAGGAAGGAGAAGGCGGCUGAGCUCAGUAGUGGUCGGCAUGCUAACACAGACUACGCUCCCAAACUGACCCCAUACGAACGCAAGAAACAGUGCUCGCUCUGCGGCGUCGUAAUCACCUCAGAGGUGCACCUGUUCAGCCACACCAAGGGCAAGAGGCACCAACAGGCCGUUCGAGACAGUAGCAGCAUCCAGGGACGGGAGCUGUCUGAUGAGGAAGUGGAGCACCUUUCCCUGAAGAAAUAUAUUGUUGAUGUUUUGACGGACAGCUCUGUGUCCUCUGAGAGUGUGAAGGAUGGAGAGGAGCGCCAGAAAGCAAGGAAGAAGGCGAAGAAACUCCGCGCCAGGAUGAACUCCAGGGCAAAGGAAUAUGAGACAUCAUUGGAGGCAAAGUCUCAGGUCCCUGAAUCCCCAUACAAGGCUAAGUUGCAGCGUUUGGUGAAAGACCUUCUGAAACAGCUGCAGGGCCAAGACAGCGGGCAGUGGGCCAACAAUAAAGCGUCAAGUCUGGACCGGACCCUGGGAGAGAUCUCCCGCAUCUUGGAGAAACAGAACAAUGCAGACCAAGUGGCCUUCCAAGUGGGCGGGGGCCUGUCCGCUUUGGAACAGAUUUUGCAGGUCAUCACUGCUGCUUCCACUCCCACUGCAGUGCCCCGUAUUCCUCUCAAAUCUCUCUGUGCUGCUGUAGAUAUCUACUGUCUGGCGUGUUCCUGCUGUGCAUUCAACUGCUCCUACGUGCUCUUUAGCAACAAGAUAGUCCUGCUCAUGGACCUGCUGCUGCACCAGCUGACACUUUAUGUUCCCGAUGAAGACAAGUCCAUAUUUGGACGAAGUGUGAACAAGCAAGUCUUUGAGGGUUUGACAACGGGUCUGCUCCAGACCAUUGCUACCAUCUUGGAGUCCCUAUGGCCGCACAUCUCAGAUUCGGGGCAAGCCGACAACGCAUGGAUAUCCUCCCCAGAUGCCAAGGUCAAGAGCUCUGCGUUAGAUUCCUUCAACACUCGUGCACAAGAUCUAAUCAGCUAUGUGGUAAACAUGGGUUUGAUCGACAAGCUGUAUGGGUGCUUCUUGUCGGUCCAAAGUCCCGUCGAUGAGCACCCCAAGAUGUCUGCUUUCCUCCAGCAAGCCUCGGCUCUGCUGCACAGCAUGUGUAAGCUGUGCUUUGCCAUAACCGGACGUGCUCCCAGUAUAUUUGACAAUAAACGCCAGGACCCGACCGGUCUGACGGCCCUUCUGCAGUCCACCGACCUGGUGGGAGUGGUGCACACCCUCUAUUGUAUUCUGCUGCACAGUUUCUUGCCUGAGUCUGCUUCUCAGAGUCAAGAGCCCUAUGGCCCUGGGGUCAUCCAGGUGGCUUUGCAGGGCAUCCGCUUCCUCAACAGUUUUGCCCUUCUUGACCUAUCUGCCUUCCAGUCUGUUCUAGGAGCCGAGGGCCUGUCUCUGGCUUUCCGACACAUUGUCAGCUCCCUGCUCUGGUACUGUACCCAGCAUUCCUCUGAGGAGCUGCUGCAUGAAGUCAUCAUCUGUGUGGGAUAUUUUACCGUGAAUCACCCAGACAACCAGGUGAUAGUGCAGUCUGGCCGGCAGCCCAGCGUGUUGCAGAAACUGUGUCAGCUGCCCUUCAAGUACUUCAGCCACCCGCGCCUCAUCAGAGUGCUGUUCCCGUCGCUCAUCUCCGCCUGCUACAACAACGCCCAGAACAAGGUCAUCCUGCAGCAGGAGAUGAGCUGCGUGCUGCUGGCCACCUUCAUUCAGGACUUUUCCUCAAAUGAGAAGGAUUCAGACACUAAAAUGAAUAAAACCGUUUCCAAGUGGCUUUUGGAUUACUGUGAACUGUCCAACCGCUUCCCAAGAGAUCAGUGGGAUUCGGCUCUGCAGUUUUUUCUCCAGAAGCAGGAGGACUAAUUCCACUUAUUUAAAAAAAAGCACACCAUAACAAUUUCAAAACACUAUGAGAUUGUAUAGAUGUUAUUUUAUUUUAUUUUCCUCUUUGUGACCUCGUCUGCACUUGCAUAGACUUUCCUCAGACUGUCCAAUGUAAAUAUUCUGAACCAUUAUUAUAUGUUGUUUCAUCUGCCGAUUUCAUGUAAAUCUUAUUGAUGCUGAAGAAGAAUUUGCACAUAAGUCUUAUUUGUUUAUUGCAGCAAAUACAUGCACAACUUUUCCAUUUAGUGUCUGAGUUAGUCAGACAGGCAGUAGCAAUGGUCUUAAACCAGUAAUAUUUACUUGUACUGUAAUUUAUUUGCCAAACAAGUUUAAAAAUACUGUUUGUUUUUGUUCACUUAUUGUGUUACUAGUAAUUUGAACAGUAGUGUGAGUUCUGAUAAUGACUGUAAUAAAUUGCAAACAGGUCCUGUUCUUUUUGUCUUUCCGUUGUGUUGGUAGCACAGAAUGACCAGUUGUGAGGAUAUUAAAUAAAAUACUUAUGUGUUACACUUUGUUUUUGUGUUUUCUUCUA